AAGAAAAAUAAAGUUUUUAUUCUGGUAGAAAUAUCAUAUUUUUUGUGAUUUUUACUUGGGGGAAAAGGGGAACAAACUGUUGUUAUUGGGGGUGGUGGCUGAAUCUUCCAAAUGGCUCCACCCAUCCCCCUUUUUUUUCUCUCCUGAAAUUGUUUAAUUUAUUAAUUGGCUGAGUGUGGAAACUCCGCAAAGCAUGACAAGUCUUCCACCCUCUGGUCGUUGUUGAUUUCCGCGUUCCCGUUCCCCGCAACUUCUUCUCUCGUCCCACUUUCUUUUUUUUUUUAAGGGUUUGGAUUGGAUUUCGUCCGUCGGACUACUUGCCACUCUUCUACGCGCCACGGCGGUCGCUGAUAUCAGUGUUUUUUAUGAUCGGUGGUGCUAGAGUUGAAUAUGCUCAUUAUCAAGCAUGUUUAUAGUUCAUCUGAUGCUCAGGUACAGCAGGAACCUGGAGAGCAAUAAUGCUUGUCCAUUAUACAGCUUAGUUGGUUGUCUAGAAUCUGCAUUCAGCCGAUGUGCCUAGUUUUUUAUUGCUUAUGACCAUGGAAAGUAUAGCUAUCAUUAUUCUUCUUCAGACCCUUCUCUGGUUAUUGCUGGGUAAUGUAUGUUAUGGUACUCAAACUGAUAUUAAAUGCCUGAGAACAUUACAGCGAUCAUUGAAUGACCCCAACAACAUGCUGACAUAUUCGUGGAAAUUUGAUAACUUGACUGAGGGCUUCAUGUGCAAAUUUAAUGGCGUAGAUUGCUGGCAUCCUGAUGAAAGCAGGGUCCUUAAUCUGCGUCUCUCCAACAUGGGUCUGCAAGGGCAAUUCCCCUCAGGUCUUGAGUAUUGUACCAGUUUGACUGGACUGGAUCUCUCAAACAACAAUUUUUCUGGAACCAUUCCACCUGACAUCUCGAAAAAGCUGCCUUAUGUAACUUCUCUUGAUCUCUCCUUUAACAGUUUCUCUGGUGAAAUUCCAGUGAGCCUGUCAAACUGUACCUACCUUAAUGUCCUCAAUCUUCAACACAACCGACUGACUGGCCAGAUCCCUGGGCAAAUUGGUGGUCUUGAUCGAUUGACGACAUUCAAUGUGGCUGACAAUUUGUUGUCAGGACCAAUUCCUUCAUUUAAGAAGUCCUUCCAAGCUAUAUACUUUGCAAACAAUCAAGGGCUUUGUGGGAAACCCUUGGAAUAUUGUAAGGGGCCUCCAAAGAAAAGCCAUACUGCAGUCGUUGUGGGAGCAGCCAUUGGUGGCGCACUAUUUACCAUCAUAGUGGUGGGAGUUAUUAUAUUCUAUUGUUUGCGUAAUGUGCCCAUCAGGAAAAAGGAAAAGGAUGCUGAUGAAAACAAGUGGGUGAAGAGCAUAAAGGGAGCCAAAGGCGUCAAGGUUUCUAUGUUCGAGAAGUCCAUUUCAAAGAUGAAGUUGAAUGAUCUCAUGAAAGCAACCAAUGAUUUUAGCAAAGAGAACAUCAUUGGUACAGGGAGAACGGGAACUAUGUACAAGGCAAUGCUUUCUGAUGGCUCUUAUCUUGCUGUCAAAAGGCUACAGGAUUCCCAACAUUCUGAAUCACAGUUCAUCUCAGAGAUGGCAACAUUAGGAAAUGUAAGGCAUCGCAACUUGGUUCCUCUUCUGGGCUUCUGUGUUGCUAAGAAGGAGAGGUUGUUAGUAUACAAACACAUGCCCAGGGGGACCCUUUAUGAUCAAUUACAUCAGGUGGAUGACAAGGAGAAAGUACUGGAAUGGCCACUGAGGCUAAAAAUCAGUAUCGGGGCAGCAAAAGGGCUAGCAUGGCUUCACCAUAGUUGCAACCCUCGCAUCCUUCAUCGUAACAUAAGCUCCAAAUGCAUCCUUCUGGAUGAAGAUUAUGAACCUAAGAUAUCUGACUUUGGACUUGCAAGGCUUAUGAAUCCAAUUGAUACACAUCUUAGCACUUUCAUCAAUGGUGAGUUUGGUGACUUGGGUUAUGUGGCCCCUGAAUAUACACGCACUCUGGUGGCAACUCCAAAGGGUGAUGUUUACAGCUUUGGAACAGUUCUACUUGAGCUGGUUACUGGGGAAAGACCAACUCAGGUGUCUAAAGCUCCAGAAAGCUUCAAAGGCAACUUGGUGGAGUGGAUUACUUAUCUUUCAAAUGGUUCUCUUCUUCAGGAUGCCAUUGAUAAGUCCUUAAUAGGAAAGGAUAAUGACAGGGAGCUCCUCCAGGUUUUGAAGGUUGCAUGUUCUUGUGUUCUGUCAGCUCCUAAGGAGAGGCCAACUAUGUUUGAAGUAUACCAGCUUCUAAGAGCUAUCGGGGAAAGAUAUCACUUUACUACUGAUGAUGAAAUAAUGCUGCAACCUCAAAGUCUUGAUGCUGAUUACCUGGAUGAACUUAUUGUGGCACAGUGAGACAGUUGGCUGAAUCCAGAAGAAAAGCAAAUUAUCACUAGUUUUAUGAAUUCUUGUGCUACAACCCCCUUUUGCAAUUCAUGAGAUGCAGUUUUACCUGCCUCUCACAUACAUAGCACAUGCUCAAGUCUUGUAAUUGUUUGCUGAAAGGAGCAAAGCAACUUAUAUCUAUUUAUCAUAGACAGAGGUAUCUAUAUGUAUUGCCUGCUGGCUGUCUUUUGUAUGGCAGGUAUAUAUAGAUCUCUAUGCUGCAUAUUUUAGAUGAAGUUUUAGUUUCUAAAAUAAUAUAUAAACUAUCAAUUAGACAGUGAUUCUAGUA